AUGAAAGUGAAAAAAUGGAUAAAAAAAAUCUACAACUCUAACCAUAUUCAUUCUUUUAUUAGUAGCACAUCUGGAACAUUAGCUUCUGUUUUUUUUAAGAAGUCUUUGGACUUUUCCACAUUUAUAUACGACAUAGAUAUAAUCACUACAUCAUUUAUAAGACAUAUAAUGAUAAGAAUAAUAUAUAUUUUUUUAUUUAUAUUAUGUAAUAUUAUUAUGAUUAAACACUAUGUUUUAUUAAUGAAACAUUAUUCUGCCUUUUAUGCAACUGUCUUAAAUUUUUCCUUAAAUUUUUUUUUAAGUGCUUUAUGUGGCAUCAUAUUUUUUCAUGAGAAAAGAAAAUUGUUAUGGUUCUUUGGAGUUAUGCUAAUAAUUUGUGGAUUGAUUUUUAUACUUAAGGAUACAAUAAAUGAAGAAAAAAUAAAAAACAAAUAA